AUGGCGUUGGCGUUCUUCCUCAGCGAGCGCUCACACUGCUGCCACAGCACUGCGCGCUUGAGCGAGCUUCUUGGUCUUCAGGAUUUAUCCUUUAUGCAUGCGGUUGAUAACCUUACUGAGCUCGCGUUUGAUUGGAUUGGCAUGCACAGCACAGGUGCGCUCAUGGGUUCCAAGCAAGUCUACUCCUGCGCCAUCCUCUGCUCCUUCCUUCUCUUCUCGGUGGUGACCUGCAGAGGUGCUGCGACAGAACAUGGAUGGACGCAAUCGGCAACGCUUGAUGUUGAUGCUUCCUGGUGGUUCCGAAGGGAAAUCCCUAAAACGUUAUUUGGACUGUUCUUUGAGGAGAUCAACCAUGCUGGAGCCGGUGGAAUCUGGGAGGAGCUUGUUAGCAACAGAGGUUUUGAAGCUGGAGGGCCCUACAUCCCUUCAAACAUAGACCCAUGGAACAUCAUUGGAGAUGAGUCUUCCAUAUACGUGACGACUGAACCUAUCUCCUGUUUCGCUAGAAAUAUUGUUGCUCUAAGAAUGGAGGUUCUCUGUGACAAGUGCCGAACUGGGGGCGUUGGCAUUUACAACCCAGGAUUCUGGGGCAUGAACAUAGAAGAGGGGAAAACCUAUAAUCUAGUCAUGUAUGUCAGAUCACUAGAACCUGUGGAGUUGACAGCUUCACUCACUUGUUCAAGACCUUCACAUGCAUUGGAAAACCUAGCAUCAGCUUCUAUACAAGAUAAUAACGUGUCAAACUGGACAAGGGUAGAACUGCAACUAUUAGCUCAUGAGACAUGUAGAACUUCACGACUUGAUCUAACAACUUCCAAAAGGGGAGUCAUAUGGUUUGAUCAAGUGUCGCUCAUGCCUUCAGAUACAUACAAGGGCCACGGUUUUCGUAAGGAGCUCAUACAUAUGCUUCUGGAUUUGAAACCACGAUUCCUACGUUUUCCUGGGGGUUGCUUUGUUGAAGGCGACCGGUUAAGAAAUGCUUUCAGAUGGAAGGAAACUAUUGGACAAUGGGAAGAGAGACCUGGACACUAUGGAGACAUUUGGAAUUACUGGACCGAUGAUGGCCUUGGAUAUUUUGAGUUUCUUCAGCUUGCAGAAGACUUGGGUGCUGCCCCUAUCUGGGUCUUUAAUGCUGGAAUUAGCCACAGUGAGGGAGUUGACACCACUAGUAUUGCACCUUUUGUCAAGGAUGUACUGGAUAGUCUUGAGUUUGCCACGGGGAGUGCAGAGUCAACUUGGGGCUCUGUAAGAGCUGAGAUGGGGCAUCCAGAACCUUUCCCACUGAAGUAUGUCGCGAUUGGGAAUGAAGACUGUUACAAGGAAUUUUACGAAGGAAACUACCUCAAAUUUUAUAAAGCUAUAAGAAAAGCCUACCCAGGCAUUCAAAUUAUUUCAAACUGCGAUGGCUCAUCUCGGCCACUUCACCAUCCUGCAGAUCUGUAUGAUGUCCAUAUUUACAGUAAUGCUUCUUAUCUUUUCAAAAUGAAAAGCAUGUUUGACAGGACAUCACGUAAAGGGCCUAAGGUGUUUGUCAGUGAAUAUGCAGUUACCGAACCGAAGGAUGCUGGUAACGGAAGUCUCCUUGCUUCACUGGCAGAGGCUGCAUUCCUCAUAGGAGUAGAAAAGAACAGUGACAUCGUCCAGAUGGCAUGUUACGCCCCACUCUUCGUCAAUAACAACCAACCUGGCUGGAAAUGGAUCCCAGACGCGAUAGUCUUCAACUCGUGGCAACGGUACGGAACUCCGAGUUACUGGAUGCAGACAUUUUUCCGCGAAUCAAGCGGUGCUGAGUUUCAUCCAGUUAAAAUCACAUCCAGAUACUCCAAUUCAUUGGCAGCAUCUGCAAUUAUCUGGAGGGACACUGACAAUAGCUUCCUGAGGGUAAAGAUCGUAAACUUUGGACCUCAUGCUGUGAACCUGACAAUACGUGCACAUCAACUUCGAACCACUGUCGAUGCAAGGGGAUCAAGAGUCACUGUUCUGACAUCUAGCGAUGUGAAGCAUGAAAACUCGUUCAGAAACCCACGUAAUGUGGUGCCGGUUACCAGAGGGUUGCCUAAUGCAGGAGAAGAGAUGCAGGCCUUGCUUGCUCCUUACUCGUUUACUUCUUUCGACUUAGCUCUGGAGGAAUACGUACGUGUGGCAGAGAUGUGA